AUGUCGCUCAAUGGGGUGGGCAGUGGCGGCAGCGGUGAUGGUAAUGGGAACGGAAGUGGCCGCGGUUCGCUGGACAGCUCCGACGCGAACACCUGUCGCAUUCCGCAGCCGCACCUGAGUUCGCCCUUCCUGGAGAAGGCCAGCUCGUUCAUCAACCCGCCGACGGGGAAGGUGGACUACUCCGACCCGACCUGCGACGGCGACGAGGCCACCCAGCGGAACAUUGCCCCGCAGAUGCUCGUCUUCAUGGUGGCCAUGGUGCUGAUCGGCUGCGGCGGGACGCCCAUCUUCACCCUGGGCACCACCUACAUCGACGACCACGUGCCGAAGGAGAGCAGCAGCAUGUACAUGGGCUGCAUGUACAGCAUGAUUGCCAUUCCCUUUUUCAUCUUUCCCAAGUCACUGAAGGCGGCGACCACGGGAAAGCGAUGCAAACAUGAGCUUGGGGAACCACAGCCACAGCAGCAGCAGCAGCUGAACACCUCGAGUAGUUCGAACGCAGCUGGAUCAGGAGCUAUCAUUGAGCGCCGUGCCUCCUCCUCCACUAAGUCACUGAAGGCAACCACGGGGAAGCGAUGCAAACAUGAGCUUGGGGAGCCACAGCCUCAGCAGCAGCAGCUGAACGCCUCGACUAGCUCAAAUGCUGCUGGAGGUAUCAUUGAGCGCCGUGCCUCCUCCUCCACCAAGGCCGCCAUGAUGGAGGAGACGCUGCAGGGCGAAGGGUCGCUUUCCUUUCAACAGUCUCGCAAUGAGAAGUACACAAAGGGCGCCGUGCAGUACGGCCAGUCGCUGGGCGAGAUCCCCGCGGCAAUGUGGCGCCUGGCGACCAACCCCAUCUACAUGGUGACCUGUCUGGGCAGCUGCAUGGAGCUGGCCAUCGUCUCCGGCUUUCUCAUCUUCCUCCCCAAGUACCUGGAGACGCAGUUCUCGCUGGGCAAGUCGGAGGCGAACCUGUACGCCGGCGGGAUCGCCAUUCCCGGCGCCUGCGUCGGCAUCUUCCUCGGCGGCUACCUCCUCAAGCGGCUGCAACUGAGUCCGAAGGGGGCCAUUCAGGUGGUCCUCUUCUUCAACCUCCUCUGCAUGGGCCUCUACACGGCGCUCUACUUUCUCGGCUGCGAGAACGUCAAGAUGGCCGGCACGACGCUCCCCUACGCCAACUCGUGACACCACCCCUUCUUCCGGCCGAACCUGACGAGCGACUGCAACCUCGGCUGUCGCUGUUCCUCCAACGACCUGGAGCCGGUGUGCGACAUUCGCAACAAGAUCAGCUACUACUCGCCCUGCUUUGCCGGCUGCACCAGCGUCGACCGCUACGGUCAGCGGGUGCAGAACUACAGCAACUGCGCCUGUCUGCCCACCGGAGGAGGAGGAGGUGCCGGCGAGGUGACCAUGGUGCCCCUGGUCGUGCCCGGGCCCUGUCAGAACCAGUGCAACGCCAUGAUGCCCUUCAUGGUGCUGCUCUUCUUCAUCACCCUGGUCGUCUCCAUCACGCAAAUGCCCGUCGUCAUGAUCACCCUCAGAUCGGUGGAGGAGGAGGAGCGGUCUCUGGCGCUGGGCAUGCAGUUUGUCCUCUUCCGUCUCUUUGGCUACAUUCCCUCGCCCAUCGUCUUUGGCAACGUCAUCGACUCCACCUGUCUGGUGUGGAAGGCGCACUGCGGACUGCAGGGCGGAUUCUGCCUCCUCUACAACAUUGAGCAGUUCAGAAUUCGGUACGUGGGCAUCUGCUCGAUGCUGAAG